AUGGCAGACCCGCAAGGCUUUGGUUGUUUGACCGAAGCCUUCCUCGAUCACAUGGAAGCCAAGAACUAUUCCGAAGCUGAGCGAGGUUUAACCAGACCCGACGAACUCACCAAGCCGCAUCUCGAACGCUACCAGCGUCACCUCUUUCAUCAUCGCAAAGCAGACGGAAACCCUCUCUCGAUCCGCACCCAUAAAAAUAACCACAUCCUCAGUAACCCAGCGAGUGAGUUGGAACUUCCACGCCUCGACACUCGUUUGCCCAAAGCCAUUCUCACCAUCGCCGAAGCCGAGAAAAUCAUGGCUUGUGUAGAUACAAACCAGCCCAAUGGAAUCCGAGAUCGAGCCGUUUUAGAAACGCUUUACUCCACAGGUAUGAGACGCGCCGAAGCUUGCGGACUCAACCUCUAUGACCUCGACCGUGAGCGCGGAACCAUCAUGAUCCGCCAAGGAAAGGGCAAAAAAGACCGCCUCAUUCCAAUUGGCGAAAGAGCCACGGCUUGGAUCGAUAAAUACCUCGCUGAAACUCGCCCCUUGCUCGUCAGAGAACCCGACGACGGAACCCUCUUUUUAACCUCGACCAGCCAAGCCUAUCUUCCCGAAGGCAUGAGUAAACUGGCUCGCAAAUACGUCAAAGAAAGCGGCAUUGGAAAAAGCGGUUCUUGCCAUCUCUUCCGCCACACGAUGGCCACCCUCAUGCUCGAAGGGGGAGCGGACAUCCGCUUUAUCCAGCAGAUGCUUGGACAUAAAGAACUCAGCACGACCGAGAUUUAUACGCAUGUCAGCAUCCAGAAGCUGAAAGAAAUCCACGAUCUGACUCAUCCUGCGAAACUCAAGAAAUCGCCUUAA